GGAGCCUGCCGCCGCCAAGUGCCUUCCGAGCAGUGGAGGGGCCGUGAAGUCCAUGCGGGCUUGUUAGACCCUCUCAGCCCUCCCCCCCCCACCCUUACUCCCCACCAUCAGAAGCGUCAUUUUCUUUCCUGGACCAAGUUUCCUUCGUCGCGGCAGUAUCGGUUGCAGCGGCAGCAGCAGCGAUGAGCUCGCAGAAAGGCAAUGUGGCUCGUACCAGGCCCCAAAGGCACCAGAACACGUUUAGCUUCAAAAAUGACAAGUUUGACACCAGUGUUCAGACCAAGAAAAAUAAUGCAAAACUUCAUGAUGGAGUGUGCAAACGUUGUAAAGAAAUUCUAGAGUGGCGAGUAAAAUUCAGCAAGUAUAAACCGCUAUCGAAACCCAAAAAAUGUGUUAAAUGUCUGCAGAAGACAGUGAAAGAUUCUUAUCACAUUAUCUGUAGACCCUGUGCCCAUGAACUGGAUCUUUGUGCUAAAUGUGGAAAGAAAGAAGAGAUUGUCAUUUCGAUCAGUAAAGGAUCAGAGAAGACUGAAAAUGGGCCAGAUUCUAGCUGCAGAAGGAAUGGAAGAGUCGAAAUGGACGAAGAUGAGGAUGAAUUACAUUGUGAGAUUGAUUUAAAUGAUUCCCAAGAGACAGGUGAAGUUGAACUGAGAUGACCAUUUUUAAAAGGAAUGUGGAAGAACAAAAGCAUGACACACUUUUGACAUUAGGGCAUCUUGGUCAGGACUCAGGAGUCCAGAAAAACUCCAACAAAGUUGCCUAAAUUGCAACUGCCAAAGUAGAAAUGUACUUCUGUUGUGUGACUUGCAUGGUCAGCGGAAGAGUGAUGUCUCUGUUGUGUGAUUGCCAAUCACGGAAUGAUUUUCAGAAAUAAACAUCAGAAAGUGUCGAGACUGA